CAGUAUUGAAAACUGAAACCGAAACCGAAACAAGGAUCCCGGUCCAGGGUAACAGGCCUCAGUCCAUCAAUCAAUCCAUCAGAAGGAGGCGCGCGUCAAAACAAAAGAAGAGCGAAGAAGACGGAGAAGACGAACAGAAACCGGGAAAAACACCAGAACGCGUUUAUCAGGGACACCACUCAUUUAUAUCCCCUACGGUUUUUAUUUAUUUUUAUUUAUUUUUAUUUUAUUUGCAGGAGAAAAAAAAGGAAAAAGAAGUGCCGGAAAAGCAGCUACCUAUCCAUUCAUACUAGUAUGAGAUCGGGUACGACCAACUCCCUUUCCUUCCUACGGCCGAAUCCCUCCACCAGCAGAAAGAAAAAAAAAAAAAAGAAAGACAGCCAGUACUGCGUAAGUGGGAGGGGCAAACCCGGCAUUUCAUCGUCCACCACCAAAUCAAUAAUAAUCAUCACAAUCACACGCUUUUUGUUUGUCGUCUGUGUGUCUAUUUUUUCUUCCGUUUCCCUCCCCCCCUUUCCUUCUUUUUUUUUUUUCUUUUCUUUUUUUGAUCAACUCUCUCGGUCACUAUUGUCAACAGCCAUCCUUCGUCUUCGACCAUUUCAUCAUCAAACCAACCCCCCGCCUCUUUUCAAGUUACUAUUUUAUUAUUCUUUUUCUUUUCUUUUUUUCCAUUUUUCUUCUUCCACGCGAUAUCAAGUCGGGAAAGCUCUUCUACUUACCUAUUCUAGUUUAAUCCGUGGCCCUGUGUCCGUCUGUCUAUCCCGUCUUGACUCUCUCCAUUUCCCCGGCGCGAGUUCUUGACCUGUGUCCCCCCCCCUCUCGCUCAUAAACCGAGAGAGCCCUUUCUUUGACUUUCCCACCGUUCGAUCUACCUUUGGCACCAGGCGACCCGACAGCUUGGCUUAGCUAUCU